UGUCGUGUGUGGUAAAUACAGGGCAGCAGCAGUGAUUCUUGUAGCGAGCCUCAGCCAGCUGGGGGAGGCAUAAGGCGCAGGCGCUCUGGGGCCGCGGGCAGGCAGGCUGAUCAGCUGGGAAGCGUGCAUGAAGCUAAACAACCCACUGGGAGGAGGGAGGAUGAGUCCAACAGGCUGAGAACUGCAAAGCUGCUGCUUGUGGCGCUCCAUAUCCGGCUGGAGCAAAGAAAAACAGGAUGAAGCUGCUGUGGGUGCUACCUCAAUGUUGUCUGCGCCUUGCUGAUUAGUCCAGGGGAGCAACAGCACGGAGAGAGCCCCGACACAGCGGCAGCUGAAAAAGCAGAAGCUGACACAAGGCAGAUCCACCCCAGUCAUGAGCACCCUCUACUUGUGGGAUCAGCUGCGAGCCGGCAGCUCCGAGGUAGACUGGUGUGAAGAUAACUACACUAUCGUGCCCACGAUAGCCGAGUUCUACAACACGAUAAGCAACAUCUUGUUUUUUGUUUUACCACCCAUAUGUAUGUGCUUAUUUCGUCAAUAUGCAACCUGCUUCAACAGUGGAAUAUACUUAAUAUGGACUCUGCUAGUUGUUGUUGGCAUUGGAUCUGUCUAUUUCCAUGCUACACUCAGUUUCCUGGGUCAGAUGCUAGAUGAGCUGGCUAUUCUUUGGGUCCUGAUGUGUGCUCUGGCCAUGUGGUUCCCCAGAAGAUACCUCCCAAAAGUUUUUCGAAAUGACAGGUCUGUCCUAAACAAGGGAAUCUGUGCUCUGCUUAACUUGCAUUUAAGUAGUAAACAGUCAUCAUCAAGCAGAAAGCUCAAACAGGGCAAGAAAAAAAGCAGCAGAGAACAUCCUGCUACACAAAUUGCCUGUUGCCUUACUUCCAGCUGGAAAUGCUUCUCAAAGGGGGGACAGAACUAUAAAAAGAAGGGGAAGACACCCCAAAGGACCCCCCCCAUGCACAUCGAUUCACUGCACCUGAACGGACAAAGGAAGCAGCUACUGCGCUGGGGGAGGGGUCCUGAUCUAAGAGGCUUGGUCAGUAAGACUGCUGAAAGGAUGUGGGCAAGGUUUAAAGCUGCAGUCGGUGUCCUUUCUGGAGUUACUACAUGCCUGGCAUUCAUUAAGCCUGCUAUCAACAACAUCUCAUUAAUGACAUUAGGUGUCCCCUGCACGGCUCUGCUUAUUGCUGAGUUGAAGAGGUGUGAAAAUUUGCGUGUGUACAAGCUGGGCCUCUUUUCAGGUCUUUGGUGGAUGUUAGCACUUUUCUGCUGGAUCAGUGACAAAGCAUUUUGUGAGAUCUGGUCUUCAUUUAACUUUCCGUAUUUGCACUGUGUAUGGCACAUCCUCAUUUGCCUUGCUGCUUACCUAGGCUGUGUCUGUUUUGCCUACUUCGAUGCUGCCUCCGAGAUCCCUGAACAGGGCCCUGUCAUAAAGUUCUGGCCCAGUGAAAAAUGGGCUUUCAUUGGUGUCCCCUAUGUCACCCUCCUCUGCGCACAUAAGAAAUCACCUGUGAAGAUUACAUGAAAUAAAGCACCUAGUGGAGGGGACAAUCUAUUUAUUUUUUCAUCACAGACUAUACUUAGGUCAAGGUAGUGGCUAGGGUUUUUUCUGACUUCUAUGCAUAUGGUGUUCACAAGUGUUUUGUUAAUACAUGGUAAAAUAUGACCUUUCCUCACUUUUCUGGAGAGGAGGCCAGAAGAUUUAUUGUGGUGCUCCUGAACAUUUAUAUUAGAACUCUGUAUUGACACUGGUUGGGUUUGUUUUGCACUCUGUUUUUGAUGUAGCAUCCAUCAUGAUAUACCGGUAAUUCUUUCCAAAUAUCAAAGUUAAGGCUAUUUUUCAAGGUUGGCCAAAACUGCUGACGGUAAGAGACUGAUUCUCUUUUCAUGUUGGUUCUGCCAGAGCUCUAUUUAGUGAAGGAACAGUGAGGGGGACAAAGAUGCCUUUAAGCCAUCUUUGUGCCUCCUCUAUUCUGUGCCCAGCUCCGAGUAUACGUUAGAGCAAUCUUGAGCGUACUUUAAUUUGCACCUGGAUGCAUUUAGCCAUAAGUUGUCAUGGUGGUAUUCCAGCGAUGUUUUUUUCCAAAGUCAUGUCUCCACAUAUGGACUGCAGAGGGGAGUAGUGUAGAGCCAUUGUGGCAGCUCUGCACUGCAUGGGAAAUUCCCCAGUUGCUAAAUACAUUAGCAGAGCUGCAGAAGAGGAUGGCAACAAAGGAAAAUCGGACCCAGAAUUGUUACACUGGUAUAAAACAAGAGUAAGGGAGACAAGGAACAGGCCUUAAAUCCAAAUAAGAUAUUCAGGAACCCUAAAUUCCUAAUGUUUUCCUCAAACAGUUCAGAAUGGAAUGACGGUGUCUUUUGGCUAAAUUAUCUACAGGAUGCUAAUGAGUAUCAGCUUGUGUGGUGUGUAGCAGAACCUGGUAGCCAUUACAAACGUAUUUAAAAAUGUAUAUAUUCCCAAUAAGCAUAUGAAGAUGGUUAUAAAAAUCCCCUUCUAUCUCUGGGCUUAAACUUUACCACAUCUGGAGAAAAAAGAUUAAAGGGUGAGACUUUCAAAAGCAUUUGAUAUUGGCUUAACUGCUCCCACAAAAUUAUAUGGGAGUUGUACCAAUAACUUCAAUGGGAGCAGUGUUCAGCCAAUACUGAGCAGUUUUGAAAAUCCCACCCUAAACUAUUAACACUACAAUUUGGAUUAAACUAUUAAUAAAUAAAACAAAACCUUAGACUCCAAGUCCAGUUGGUGAGAGUUGCUUUCUGACUAAAGCCUUUCAAGUAGAAAUGAAUGCAGUUGUAUCCUAAUGCCCUAGUAGUUGUAUUUAGUAAAGGUAAAUGACCACUUAAAAUCAUAUUUAGGGCCUGCAUGUCCUUCCAAUAAGCAGUGAAGUUUAAAACUUCAAUGAUUACAUUCUUUGAAGGAAUGUGUGGUAUAAUUUUUGCCAUUUGUAUCAACCUGUCUUGUAAAACAUUAGGGACAGUCCAAAGGGGUGGUAUCUGAAUCCAGUUUAGUUUUAAGGCUGCUGUUUGGUUUUGACUCCUAGUUAGGGCUAUGGUUGAAAGUCACUUGCACUGAAAUCUUGCAAGCUGUUUUCACAAGUUUUUAGGACAAAAUGAUGCAAGGAAGGAGUCACUGAUUUUCUGAGACUUCUACCAUCUUUAACUAUUGUGAUCAGCUGUUCUUGAGAGAGAAGGUCCUUACUGUUUGAAAUUCAAAUCAAUACCAAAACUGUAGGGGUGGGACUUCAAGGAAUUGGAUUUGAGGUUCUGGUUAUGGCCUGCCUCUCUAAAAUAUUUAACUUCUAAGCAAUAUCUUACUUUGUCACCAAUACUAGGCACCAAUGUGAUAUAAUCUCUAAUGUAAUAUAGAAAGUUCCCCUCCAUUUAAAAUAUAUAUUGCUACUUGCAGUGAUAAAAGUUGAUCCUUAGUUUUACAAUAUAUAUUUUGAAAAAUCAAACUGAAGUGCUCAUACAACAUUAGUUUAUUCCAGUUUGUUAAAUAUGCAAAUAUAAUCAUUGUUACAGCUGUAAUAAUUAUGCUUUUCCAGUUAGCUGAGGCCUUUAUUGCUUUACUUGGGAUGAAUUUGGGAGUUGUGAAUGUUACCCAGAUUUGGUCUGUAUAUAACCAGCCUCAGGGAUAUUUCUGUUUUAACCUUAUUCUAACACCUAACACUUAAUUUGGAUUAGAUGGGAAGUGUGUUGUGUAGUUUUAGGAAGCAAGGCACGGUAACUUACGACAAGUGUUCCAGAGCUCUUUGGUGGAACCAACUCUUCAGUAUCACAUACUGAGGGCCUGAUUCUUUGCUAUCUUAUAUCAGUGUUGGCUCCAUUGGCUUCAGUGGAGUCACUUCUGACUUACACCGGUGUAAGCGAGAGGAGAACUGGGUCCUGGAACUUUAAGCAUUCUCUUACACUUGGCUGCUGUGGUCACAGAAAUGUACUUUAUAACAGUUUUUACUUGAGAAUAUGCUACUGAGAGAUGAAAACCCAGAUCCUCUGCUAUGGAAUGGUGCAGCUCUUGUGGAGCAGGGGCAAGGGAGGAUGUGCAAAGAUCUGCUCCCCCAGUGCUGGUCUGGAUGUAUGUUGGUCUGGCCCGCUGGUGUAGCUUAAGUCAGCCUCGAAGGAUCAGCUGGGUGUAGAGAAGCCUCAGCUAAACCCUGUAUCCCAACAGCAGGGAGGGGAAGGAGGGUGAAGGAGCCACUACCUUGGAUCUACAGCAGCAGAGGGUUCCCAUAUACGAGGCUGUACCUCCCUUUGUCAGCUAUGCUAGACUUAGGGCCAAAAUCUGCCUGUGGUGAAGUGAAUAUUGCACACUGGAGGGUCUGAUACAAAUAGUCCUGUAGAAAAACAUAGACCAUUUCAGCCCAAAUGCUACUGAGUUCUUUAUUACAGAGAUACAAAGGGAGGAAGCAUCCCCAAAGUCUGAAGAAAGUGAUAUGUCACACUAGAUUGAUCAGCCCCUCCCAUUUCAGGGGCCACUGUCUGUGCCAGAAUAAACACAUUCCUCUAUUUAUUAGAACAUGGUUCUAGAGGAAAGACAAAUAUAACAUGGUAUGAACCAAAUCGUACUCUGCCCCAAUGAACACGUUAGUUUAAUUGGAAAAAUCAUUAGUGACUAAGGGGAUGAAAAGACACAGCCUGAUUCUCAACUGCCCUGCACCUUGUGUUGUUAUUUCCACCACUGCAAAGUGCUACCAAAGCACUACUAUCAAUGACCACAUGAGAUACAGGGCAGUUGAGAAGCAGACACCUUAAAGCCAUAAACUCUUUCCCAAUUAGUGACUCUUUCAAUCUUCUUAAAUUACAGUGGGGUUUUUUCUCUCUCUCUCUUUGCAGUUUUCAGAGUAGCAGCCGUGUUAGUCUGUAUCCGCAAAAGGAACAGGAGUACUUGUGACAUCUUACAGACUAACAAAUUUAUUUGAGCAUAAACU